GCUGCCAGCCACCGACCGACGGAGAGCAGCAGCAGCUCCGCUCCGCCACUGAUCAGCACCCGCUCGGGGAGAGGAGAGAGAGAGAGAGAGGGGGGCGAGACUGAGACAGAGGCAGACAGACAGAGAGAGAGGCAGGACCGACAGCUUGCGAUCGUCCAGCCGGGGGGGUGGUGUGUCCCUGUGCAAAUCCAGCCACCAGCUCCCCCCGACAGACACAUCCAUAUAUUUUAGAAAAUAUAUUUAAGAUAUUGUAUAGAUAACACCUACACAUCUAUAUAUACACACGCACAUAGACACCCCGCCAUCGCCUCCGCCGAGCACCCCCCUCCCCUCCCCUCCCUUACCCCCUCCCCUCACCACCUCUUACACACCUGAAGAAAAGUCAACUUGAAACUCUCACAGCAUGCCGCGGAGGAAGCAGCAAGCACCCAAACGGGCUGCAGUUUAUGUCCCAGAUGAAGAUUUGAAGACAGGAGAACUGAGAGUCGGAGAAGAUGCCAGCCCUUCUGCUGAGGAGUUACAAGGCAAUGGUUACAUGUGCACUGAAGAAGAAGAGGAGGAGGAGGAAGAAAGCAAAGGCAGCUACAGCUACCAGAAUUCUCCAGUUAGUGCAAUGUCCAAUCAGGAUGCAGAGUGUGAAUCACACAUAAGUGAUGCCAGUGACAGAUUGGCUGAUUUUAAAAGUAUUUCUUCCCGGGAUGGGCAGGAAAAGGAAGACCAAUCAAAUGGGGAAAUGAAGAAUGGCCAACAGAACAGUUUAGGAGCAAUGAGAGCUGUUUAUGCUAGCUUUCUAUCUGAUUCAUAUUGGUCAAGUCUAGGAUUUGACCUCAAACAAUCAAAGACUGAAAGGACAAGCUGUAAAAGCAGCAAUGAAAGCACCAAAAGUAGUUUUGAUUGGCACCAAGAUGCAUUAUCCAAAACAUUUCAACAGACAUCCUCUGGCAGGCCAGUGCCUAAACCAAAUCUUUUCAGUUCAGUGCAGUUGUACAGGCAAAAUAACAAGUUAUUUGGGACUGUUUUCACAGGUGCCAGUAGGUUUCGCUGCAGGGAAUGUAGUGCAGCAUAUGACACUUUGGUGGAGCUAACUGUGCACAUGAAUGAUACAGGACAUUACCAAGAUGAUAACCACGAGAAAGAUGUGGACCAUAGCAGCAGUUGGACAAAGUCACGAAAACGGGCUUUGCAGGACAUUGAUGGAAUGCACGAUGCCCAGAAAGUUUUAAAGUGCAUGUACUGUGGUCAUUCAUUUGAUUCCCUUCAAGAUUUGAGUGUUCAUAUGAUUAAAACAAAACAUUACCAGAAAGUGCCUCUGAAGGAACCAAUGCCACCUAUUGGAUCAAAGUUAGUCCCUCCCACUAAAAAACGAGCCCAGCAUGAAGUUAACCAGCCUUGUUCACCAGAUUCAACAACUGGAGUCGCAGGGACAUUUGCAGGUGAAGCGCAGAAGAAUUCAAACCCCUAUGUGUCAUCUAACAAUCGCUAUGGCUAUCAAAAUGGUGCCAGCUAUACCUGGCAAUUCGAAGCCUGUAAGUCCCAAAUCCUGAAGUGCAUGGAAUGUGGAAGCUCCCAUGAUACAUUACAGCAGCUCACAGCUCAUAUGAUGGUAACAGGGCACUUUCUUAAGGUAACAAACUCUGCAUCAAAAAAGGGAAAACAGAUUGUUUUUGACCCUUUGGCUGUGGACAAAGCACAGUCAGUCACAGAAGGACCAUCGAAUGAAAUUCAACCUUUGGCACCAGUCAGCAAAUUGCCUCCUGAUUCAUUGACACCAUCAGUAUCAGAAGAUAACAAAACCCAUGCAGAGAAGCAAGAGAUGACAGAGGAUAUGGAGAAACAGCAUAAAGAUAAAGAUGAUUGCAAAGAUGACAACCCAGAGAAGAUUUUUGAUCCCACGCUUCAGUAUCAAUACAUAAGAGAAGAAGAUCUAGAAGAGAGCUCAAAGGUGGGUGGUGAUAUUCUUAAAUCACUUGAAAAUACUGUUACUUCAGCCAUCAACAAAGCCCAAACUGGGAGCCCUAGCUGGAGUGCUUAUCCCAGUAUCCAUGCUGCCUAUCAGCUUCCAGGGAUUAUUAAACCUGUGCAACUCGGUACUCAAAUAUUACAAGUUAAGCCAAACCUGAAACCAAUAGCUCCAAAAGUCAGGUAUUUCUCUGUUAUUACAAGUAGCCAAAACCAACCCCUUCAACCCAACAAUGACCAAAUUAAGGAAGAACCGAUUAGUCCAUCUCAUGAACAGCUUUCAUCCAAAUUGGAAGAAAGUGAUAUUGAGAAAAAGGAUCCAAAGUUAAAUCUUCAGUCUGGGAUAGUUUCACCAUGUAAGAUGGAAAGUGAGAGCCCAAUAAAAACAGAGACUCCCCCUGAGCUGCCAAGGACACAUUCACCUUGUUUGAAAGAUGCUGAAGAAACAAAGGAAAGCAUCAAGAAAGAACCUGUAAAAAGUGACGGAUCUCCAAAUUUUUCAUUACCCAAUGGUUGCUCUGGAAUGACUGUUAUCACAGACCACCCAUCUGAACAACUUUCUGUCAGUCCACUUAGUGCAUUGCAGUCUAUCAUGAACACUCAUCUUGGCAAAGCUGCCAAGCCCCUUAAUUCAAGUUCAGACCCUGUAACUAUGUUAUGUAGACUCAAUAAAAGUUUGUUGGAGAAAUCAGCUUCACCACCGAGUUUAGUAAAACCAACUAAUCUUGCUGAUCGAUAUUACUUUGAAAGCAGUGAUCAACCAAUAGAUCUCACCAAAUCUAAGAGUGACAAAACUGCCCAGUCAAACCCGGUCAAAUCCUUUACUUCAUUACCUUCCAAACAUGCUUUAUCUGAUAUUGCUGAUAUGGUGAAAGUCCUCCCUAAAGGUACAACACCAAAACCUUCUACCUCAUCAAAGGUGACAACAGAGAGGUUAGAGACUGAUGUGAGGAGUUUUGAAGAUGUGUCAAUGGAAUUUUUACCAGUUCAGAAAAGAAAAGGUAGGCAGUCAAACUGGAAUCCCCAGCAUCUUCUCAUUCUGCAGGCCCAAUUUGCUGCCAGUCUUUGGCAGACAGGUGAAGGCAAAUAUCUAUUAUCAGAUCUAGGUCCACAAGACCGCAUGCAUAUUUCAAAGUUUACUGGACUCACCAUGACUACCAUAAGUCACUGGCUUGCCAAUGUAAAAUAUCAACUAAGAAAGACAGGUGGAACAAAAUUCCUUAAGAACUUAGACACAGGACACCCGAUUUUCUACUGCAAUGAUUGUGCCUCCCAGUUUAGGACUCCUUCCACUUAUAUUGGUCAUUUAGAAUCCCAUUUGGGCUUCACUAUGAAAGAUAUGGCAAAAAUUUCUGUACAGCAUGCCAGAGGGGAGCAAGAAGUGUCAAAGGUGACAUCUGAGAAGCCAACAGGGCCGUUGGUAGCAGAUGAGGACACAGGCAGCAAGUUCCAGUGUAAUCUGUGCAAUCGAACUUUUGCUAGCAAGCACGCAGUAAAACUUCACCUCAGCAAAACGCAUGGCAAGUCACCAGAGAACCAUUCGCAGUAUGUAACAGAACUAGAGGAAGAGUAACAACUCAAGGGCAAAGGUAAACAAUGAUCGCAAUCUACAGUCCAGGCAUCCUUUUCCAGGCCCUCUCCUGCAUCACUUCAGCUGCGACAUUGAACUCCAGGUGCUCUGACCGCAAAGAGCACUCAACUCCUGCAGUUACUCUUCAUUCUCACUAACAAUUUGGUAAUGAAGUAUUGAUUUUUCAGCUCGAUUCUUAUGGAUGUUAUUAGAUUUUCAUUGAUAAACUGUGCUCUGCCUCUCUACUCCCUGCUGUUUCUCUGCAGCACAUAUAACAAAGUGUUUCUGUGGGGAAUAAUGGCCGGGAACAUUGAUGUGCUUAUUUCGUCAAUUGGUUACUCCUGAUGGCAAAAAAGGUACAAUUUUUCAAACAUUAACGCCCGAGUUUAAUGCAAAGAUACAAUCACAUUGGACACUAAUGUCUUUACUGCUGAUGCUGACAUUGAAUUAUCGCUGAAUCGGAGCUGUGGCCCAGAGACCACUGUCUAUGAAGGAGGUGCUUUAGUUGUCAAUGUUGCACCUGGGUUUCCCACUGCAGUCUUAACAGCACAAGGGAUCAAUCUGUCUAACUAAGAAGAAAAGGACUGAUGAAGCAGUGAGUGAGGUCCAGCCGGAGAAAAAAAACUUACACGCUGUUAAUCAUCUGCAGCAAUAGCGCACAGAAUCAGCUUUUCUGUGGGUAGGAACAAGGACUAACACAGACACUUUUGCUGCCAGGAGAAUCAGUCUGCUGCUGUCGCUGUAUAAAAAAUGGCCUCCUCCAACAUCCUACAUCACACUGAGUAUGAACCUACAGCAGAAGGAGAAGAAAAAAAACUUAUCAUGAGGAAGCAGACAACUGCAGUUCAAUCCUGAAACAUUCUUGUUUCCACAGACAGUGUAAGCUAUAAUGCAGGAUGCAUGGCAGGCACCCGAGGUGUAGGGAAUGAAUCUCCAUUUAUCCCUGAUAAAGUCACAAGAGACAAAGUCACAAAUGAGUGAUGAUGUUGCAGCUAGGAGUUCAAUAAAUACCACAGGCAUACACAUCAGGUAUUCAGUUUAUUCAACACGGCUGGACAAAUGUGUCAGCUUUUUUAGUGUAACUUUUAUUUUUGGAAUGUUCAAAGACUUUUUUUUAUUAUUAAGACCAAUCAAUCUUGUACAAGUCAGUGUUAACCCACCAAGCUUAUAACACUCCCCUGAGAUACAACACUGAUGGUAAAGAGGAUGUACAUUGGCAAGCUUUAGUUUAUGAAGAACAUAACCCACUCAGAAAAGUCUGAUUUUAUAAAUGCAGGUGCCCUGGGCUUGUGAGGUCUGUGUAGAAAAUGGGAUGGUUUUGUUUUGAUGCUCACUGGCAUGUAUCUACUUUAUACCACACUUUAUUAUUAAUGAUCAUUUCAAAUUAAGCUUUUCUCAAUUUUGUCUGUUGCAAUUGUGUGCUUUGGCUUGAUCUGAAGUAGCAAGAGAUAAGUUCCACCACUAUAAUGUCUAAAAAGCUCUGUGAUAUUCGUUGGGUUUCUCAUUUCUUUUUACUGAUGAAGUCUAAGGAUUAAUUUUAGCCACAGGCCAAGGAAAGCAGACCAGUAUUGCACAGAGGUUGCAAAUUAGUACACAGCCUGUUUUUUCCUACUUUAUUAAAAAUAUGUUUGAUGCCCUUUUUCUAUUUUCUUUUGAUAAAACAGGUUUCCCUGAGACCAAAGGGAUCUGUAGUAUGCAACUCACAGAAACACUUGACUCCGUUGCUGCCCAUGUCAUCAUUUCAGAUCUGAGGCUAUGCAUGACUCUUUUUCAGCUCUCUCAUACACUAUAACUUUGCAAUGAUAUGCAACUUCUACAUUGUAGAUUUCCCAGUGCUAAAGUUCUUUUUUCUCACCAAAACUAUUUCCAAAAAAAAAUGCACACACAUGAUGUGUAAAAAUCAUGUUCUUUCUGUGGCCCACACUCCAAAUUUGCCACAUGAUGGAUUUCCAACUUACUCCUUGGCCGUUGUAGAUUGGUUGCCUAUUACAGGAAUGGUCCAGUAAUCAAAGUUAGGUGGUUUGUACACAGAUGGCCAAUCUUCAGCUCCAGUUUCCAGGCUGCAAUUUGAAAAAUCUACUCCCACUUCUUUCUGUCUAGGAUAACCACAUCUGCCAUUGUUAAGCCUUGUCCAUGUGUAACCAGGAUAUCAUAUGUCAAGUACCACUUUAAUAUUCCAUACUGUUGUAUCCUUUUUAAUACUUCCUGUAAUUAAUAGAAAUAUGAUUGUAUGCUUUAAUAUUGGUUGUGAGAGCGUUUGCUCCUUGUAGAUCUCUUUAGCCCCAGCUGCCCUUAAUAGGUAAAGGAUUUUGAGUGUUCUGACACAGAAGAAGCCCCAAGAAAUGUUAAAAAGGAAUGUUUAAUGCAAAAAAAAAUACCCACACCACCCAUCAAUCUGGUCAAUACUUAUGCUGGAUUGGGUCUUUUGUUAUCACAUGUAGCCAACAAAAUUACAGCAGGUCAACCCCACCCCCAAUUCCCAUACUCAGAUAUAGAUCUCAAUAAUGAUCUCUUUGUCACAUUAGUGGCCGUUGCUUCUGAUUGAUCAGGAGCAGUGUUGUGAUAUAUUAAAACAUAACUGCAAAGCUUUUUAUUAUUAUAUUAUGUAGGUCAGUAACCAUUCAUAACACUGCUCUGGAUCAUGUAAUCAGGCUAAUUUGAUGAUACAUGUCAAUUAAAAACAAGUCCUUUAGUUUUUGGCUCAAAGUGACAAUUUGCUUUUGAGAAUCCUGGUCUUGGAGCAAGUACAAUAUUCACAAGGGGCUCAAUUUGUUAUUUAUUUCUUCUAAAUUUAAGUAACAUAAUGGGAAUAAAAGUAGGAACCAUUAGCAUAAUCUGCAAACAAAACAGCUUCUUACAUAAAUAAAGAGUUUAGACAUCAGUAAAAUCCCAUUGCUGGGAGCAUGUGACUGAAUGAUGCAGUUGUGGUGUUUGAUCUGUGCACAACAACUGUUUAUUGCCUCAUGAUUCCUACAUUUAUCACUUGAACUUCAUAGCUGGUAAUCUUAUUGAACAUUUGAAACACCAGUAUAAUUCAACAUAUUUAAUCAGAUAUUCCCAAAUCAUACAAAAAUAGCCUCUAACGACUUCACUUGACAGCAUAUAUGUAAGUGUCUGACUGGAUGGUUUAGAUUUGGCUAUUCAAUACAAUAGUCACAGGAAUAAAUCCAAUUGUCUGCUGAUGAUUUCACAUUGAUGAAAUAAUGUGGGCUCAGAAGCACCACAUACUACUGCCACCAUUGAUAGCCCCCGAUAGUGUGAAACUCUAAGCUUCCAACAAUGCCCUCAACCUUAUUUACCUGGUCAUAAUGGCCAUUGGAGCCAGCACAGAAUGAGAACUUCCAUCCUUUUGGCUUUCAACCUGACUAACUAAUGGAUCACAGGUAAUGAUAAAUAUUGAGAGUAUAACUCAGAGGUUCCAGGUUUCUGCUCAAGUCAUUACCUGGAAAUCUAGUGCUAAUUUAAAAGUCCUUUGAAUUUAAAUGUCAGUUCAUUGCAAAUCUGAGCAGUUGUAGCUAUGUAAUAUGUAACUAUGGCAGGUUUUUCUAUAGCAUAACUACUCAAUAGGUGAAUUUACUUGGGUUGAAUGGACUACACUAAUAUUAGAUGUCGAAACUAUUAAGAAUAAUGUUCCAGAAUGAGGCCCUCCAGUGGUCAUAUCUUAGAGACUCAUUUGUUUAACAAAUACUUUAUUAGAAUUCUUUUUAAUUAUUAUUUAGGAGUGCUCCUUGGUUCCACUUUAUAAUUUUGACCCAAUGCCAGUCACCAUUCCCUAUCCCACUCCUAACUCCUCUUUUUCCUCCAACCCCCAACUGCCUCCCUUCCCUCCUCCCUAUCCCCACUCCCCCCUUCCCAACUCUCCAUCUUACUACUGCCUGUGCUGGCAUCCGAGCUGGCUGAUCAUUAUUCUUUCUAGGGCUAGCAAGCUGUCUCAGGGCCUGCAACUAGUCUCUGCUAAUCUCCAGUAGUAAACAAAAGGCCAGCAUUUCACUUCUACCGACCAGAGGUGCAGAUUGUGGAUGCUGCAGUCUCAUUUGUAUGCAAUCCAACUUUUAGGCUAGCUGUAAUAUCAUUUUUCUUGAUCUUGUGUACAGUGGUAGAGGUAGUUGGAAGAUAGUUUUUUUCAGAAACACAAAAGAGCUGUGAUUGUAAUUCAAAAUAUCUUGUUAAUCAUCCAGCCCAGUAACAAACCAUGUUAGUGUAUCAACACACUGUAUAACAGGGGUAAAAUAGGGCCAGACCCACCAAUCUUUUCGCACUGGGUUCCUGAUAAUUACAGAGCUGUUACACGAUGCAUUGAGAAAAAAUAAAGCACUUCCCAGAGUGAGAAAGGAAAAACCCAGAAGACACAUCACCCAUGAUCAUUUUCACCAUGUACAUAUCUGAGUUGUCAUUUACUGAGUGCCAUUUAUUUGAGAGCCAUAGGCAGAGCCUUGCAAACAGUUUGAUACCCUGGCCAAAGGGAAAUGUACGGCAGAGAAGAAGCAAAGAGAAAGGUACAAUUAUUUUUUUUAUUUUAAAUAGGAGGAAAGUAACAUCUUUAUUUUGAUAUUUGGAAUCAUUGACUGAGCCAUUUGUUUCAUAUAAUUUCUUUUGAUUUUGGAUUGCUCUUCCUGCCAUCUGUUUUGGCUGAGGCUAGCACUUUCUCAAGAACAUUCAACUCCACUCUGCUUACAUCUACUGCUUGAAUUGAAAGUCACCGAUUUAUGCAGCCCUACCCACCAAGAAGUCCAGUCCCUUAAGGAGUUAAUCCCAAGUCUUUAUCUCGGCUUGGCUCAUGCUGGCAUUCUAUUGCCGUGCAGCCCUCUCCCUUUGUUGUAUUUUCAUCCAUCCUCUUUAAUUGAGCAUUGUAUAUAAUUUUAAGUUUUAUCAUUGAAUCGCCACAGAGCCUAGAUGCCUCUUUAUGUCUGAAGGUUAUAUGAUGCUUUGUGACCAUGUUCAAUAACAAUUCAAUAAAAUCAGCCAUUGCUGAAAAUUCUAGAGCCACAAAUCUCAUUUUGCUUUAAUACAACUGACUACUAGCACAGUUAUUGUAUAUUUCUAUUGUAGAAAUCACCUCCUUAUCCUGUAUAAUUCAGAGUGGAUAGAGUCCUUAGGGGCAGAGAAAUCCUUGUCCACUGGUGAAGAUCAAGGCGGGCAGACAGCAGAUGGAUUUGAUUGUUCUGUGUCUUGUGCAGACCUGGGGAGUAGACUGGGGAGGUUAGACACAGAGAAACGAGCACAGGAGAAUCUCGUGGUGGGUUGUGACUGAAUGAUGCCUGACAGGAAAGCCUUUCAGUCUUUUGUAUUACAAAAUAAAUUCUGUAGCCCUCUUAAACCCAGCAUAAAAAAUCUGUCAUUCACCUCCCAGGGACUGUGUCAGUCAAACUCCAGUCGGACAUAAUAGCAAAAUUGCAUUUCUCAGGGCAUGCACAGCCAGGUUCAGAAUAUAAAAGUAUCAUGCUUUGGGGAGAAGGAAAAAAAAGAAAAUGAAGUUUCAGAAAUGUCAUUCUGAGGUAAUGAGGCGUGGGCAGAAAAUAUACCCUGCGCAUCAUUUGAUAGAGAUGCUGGUCGAAAUAGCUUCAUUGAUGUGUCAGCACUCGUCUAUCAAUCAAUCAUCCAUUACACUUUGCAAGUAACAAUAACUGCAAAAGCUACGGGGCAGCUUAUGGAAUUCGCUUAUGGGUAUCAAAAACAGCAGUUAAAAUGCAGUUUUGACAUGAAAAGCAUGAAGCAAGUUAUAUUUUUUAUGGCAGGAGGGAAAGAUGCACUCGACCAAGGAGUGCUUUGAUGAUACGGUUGUGGUUUGACUUAUUUAAUAUUGCAACCUGAAGUGGAAGUAAAGUUCCUUCACUCCUUUUGUCUGUGGUGUCAUGCAGCUGGACACAUGUGUCCUGCCAGAAAGGAUGCUACUUGGCUGAGUACCUCAUUUGUACACAAGUGAGAAAUUAAAACUACAGCCAUCUUAAACACUUCUGUAAAGUGAAAUGUUGUUCCUCUUUCGACCUAGAAACUCCAACUGAUCAGCUUUUUGCCUGGAUUCCAUAUGUUUACCAUGUUUAUGUUGCAAAUCCCUUAGAUGCUUGCCAAUAUGACUGCAGUCGUUUGAUUUUUUUUUGGCUUUCCUCCAAAAUAAAGUGGAUUAAAAUUAUGAAAAUUGUACUUUAGAAGGCUUUUGAUUCCAGUUACCCACCAUUUUUUUUAAUGGAGCACACAAUGUUUCAACUGAAGUAUUCAGUAAAGCCAGUAGAACUUCAUUUUAAAUAGGAGUUUUGAAUGUAAUUUCGGAGUGCAUUCAUCCUCCACCAAAAAAAAUUGAUCUUUUUUAAUUCCGUUGCCUAGAUUGUUAAAUUAAAAGCUUCAACUUGUGAGUUACCAAAUCAUUUUGACAGCAAGCCUCUGUUUACACUCGUGCUGAUGGCUAGGAGCAUGUAACUAAAAGAGCCCGUCAGUCCAGUACUUCACUCUCACGGCUGUGCUGUGGCUUCCGUCCUAGUUGCCAUCAGGCCUGUUUACAAAUAACAUUUGAUCCAUGCCAGCAAUCUUUAACUAUGUCCACAUUUGAACAUAAAAAGAUAGGAUUAUUGAAAGGAUAAAAUGAACUUGGUAAAUAUGUUCAGGUCACAGAUCCAAGCUGCUGGGGGUGCUGCAACUUUAAAUAAAUAACAUGUGAAGCAAAGGGCGCUACUGACAAAAAUCAACUCCACUGACUUUUCAAUGACCGUGUCAUUGACAAUUAGAGAAGGCCUUUGCUACAAAGUUAAAUUCUAUUGAAUUUAAUUAGGACACAUUGGAUCUUUUACUUUAGAUCCCUUUCUCCUUCAGAUUGAAAGCCUUUGGUUACGGAUCGAAAAAGCCAGGUCACAGCACAGACAGUCAUGGCCCAAAAGUGUCCAGCUCUGUCAUCUUAAAGUUCUUUCUAUCUGCAUGCAACAUUGACUCACACUGCUAAGGUAUCCUGCCCAGCCCACAUCCAGUGCUUUAAUUUUGCCAGUUGACAUUAUGCAAGUUCCAAAAUUUCAGCAAAGGAAGGAAGACAGAUUUGGCAAGCGUAGAUUUCAUUUUUAGCAUGUAAUAUGCCCUUUACUAGGUUUGGCCUAUUAUUUGUGCACAGAUAUGAGAGCAGCUCUGCCAUUUGCAUAGGUUUCCUGGGAAACAAGGAUCAUUACAAGUAUUGUCCCAUGAAGUCCCAUUGAUUUCUAAGUGCAGGGUGGGAUAAAGUCUGUAAUUCACUUCCAGACUGGACUCUGAAGUAGAAUCGUUCAAAAAAUGUGCAGUUUGUGAACUUAGCUAGUGAAGAGCAGCUCUGAUUCCCAAUAAUAGUGCAUUUGCAUAUAUAUAAGACCCGGAUGUUUGACAUCAGUUGCAAGGAGACACAGCCAAAAAAAACUAAUCCUUCAACUGCCAAGGCAGCCAGCCACGAGUCCUCCACUGAAACGGAGAAAACUUGAAUUGAAAAAUAAACCAUGCAAAAAUAAGUGCUAAUUGCCUAAAAUUGGAUAGGAGAUUAUGAAAACAUGGUGCCCAUGUUCCAUUAUUUAAUUGAACAUUGAUUCUAAUUGUUAGAUUUAAAGAUGAUGAAGGAUAAGGGCUAGGGUAUAGUUUCAGUAUCAUUAAAAUAGCUGGAACCAGGCACAGGGAGAACUAUUAUAACAUGUUACAAAGAAAUAUCCUACAAUAUCAGGAUACUGCCCAAUAGCUCUGGUAUCUGCAUUGUUCAAAAUUAGAAUUAGUUACCAACAAACUAACUGUUAAGUCUUCUGAUACUAUUUGCUGGUUACGAAGGAGUUAUGCAAAAAGGAGAAAGUACAGUACUGUAUAGAUGGAAAAUAAAGUGACUUAGUAAUGCAAAGACUAAAAUAAGAUGGUAAUAUUUCUAUUAUGCGGCCAUCAAUAGUUAUAAAGAGUAUUUAAUUGUAGGUGGGCUUUUUGAGUAAUUAACAACUUUUGUUCAUACUCGAGAAACUGAAUCUUUAGCCACAUCUUGUACCUGAUAUUGGCCUGUCCCCAGGUACUGAGGUUGCUACCACAUUAAUGUAAAUAAUACCAGCACAAAUUCAGACAGAUUUGGAAAAGCAAAAGGACUACAAGAACCCACCGAUUGAGUUCUUUUUCUUCCAUGUCCAUGUGCUGAAUAAAAUUUCAUGCCGGUGCGUGCGUUGUUUUGUGAAAGAAAGACAACUAGCCCACUCAAAACAUUAAAAUGAAAUAAACAUAAUCAGGUCAUGUAAAAAAAAAUUAAAUAUUAAAUAAGGACAACCAGAACUUUGUCUUAUAUUAGAAGCUUCUCAACAGAGACAAUGGGGCAAUUAAACGGUUAAGUCAGAGAACUUUUUUUUGAGCAUUUCUCUUUAUGUAAAAAUAACUGGAGAUAUUUCAAAAUGGCUGAUAACAGUAGUCCUCCAGUUACUUUAUGUAUCCAUAUAAUUUAAUUAUGUCUAUAUAUAGCCUGCUAAUACUUAUUCGGACAUUUUAUAACUCAACUGCAUGCUGUAUAUAAAUAUUCUUACAUUUUUUUAAAAUCCAAUUGUAUAUUCACAUUAA